AUGUCGCAGGGUUGCAGAUCGUUGCGAAUAGCAGCUUCGCGGUCACGCGCGGCUGUCCGUUCAUAUGCUUCCCUCGCGACCCCUGCGACGCGGAAGUUGAACGUGCCCAUCGACUUUGGCAAGACUCCUCUUCUGCACCAUUCCUCAAAGACGAUUCCACAGACGCCUGAGCUACCACAAGGCGGCUCUACAACACGUCUAAAUCUCUGUCAGGCGGUCAACGAGGGGCUCAGAACUGCUUUGAGGGAAGACAACAAAGUGCUCUGUUUUGGCGAGGAUGUCGCGUUCGGUGGUGUCUUUCGGUGCACGGUGAAUCUGCAGUCUGAGUUUGGGCCGGACAGAGUCUUCAAUACACCCAUUACCGAACAGGGGAUUGUGGGCGCUGCGAUUGGGAUGGCUGCUGAGGGUGCGAAACCGGUGGUCGAGAUUCAGUUUGCGGAUUACGUCUUUCCAGCCUUUGACCAGAUCGUGAAUGAGGCUUCAAAAUUUCGAUAUCGGGAGGGUUCGACUGGUGCCAACUUGGCGGGCAUGGUGAUCAGAAUGCCCUGUGGUGGUGUGGGACAUGGUGCUUUAUAUCACACUCAAUCCCCCGAGUCACUCUUUUGCCACGUACCAGGUUUCAAAGUCGUCGUUCCGCGUUCACCCUCUCAAGCGAAAGGCCUUCUUCUCUCGGCUAUCCUCGAGUCUCAAGAUCCGGUGAUUUUCAUGGAACCAAAGAUUCUGUACCGCGCCGCAGUCGAGGAAGUUCCGGAUGAACUCUAUACACUUCCUCUGUGUAAAGCUGAGGUGCUGAAGCCCGGUGCUGACCUGACAAUCAUCUCUUAUGGGCGUCCACUGUACAACUGUCUAGCAGCCAUUGAGGCGGCGGAGAAGACUGCACCGGGGACGAGUAUUGAGCUGAUUGAUCUCCGGACGAUAUAUCCUUGGGACCGAGAGACUAUCCUGAACAGCGUGCGAAAGACGGGGCGUGCCAUUGUCGUCCACGAGAGCAUGGUGAAUUAUGGCGUUGGCUCGGAAAUCGCUGCAACGAUUCAGGAGCAGGCACUCUUAUCUCUUGAGGCGCCGGUGAAACGACUCGGUGGUUUUACGACACAUACGGGAUUGGCGUGGGAGAAGUUCAUUUUCCCAGAUAUCACGAGGAUAUAUGAUGGCAUCCUGGAGGUCUUGGAGUAUUGA